AUGCCGACAGAGGUGACGGUGAAGACUCUGGAUUCCAACCAGUAUCAAUUCAAGAUCCCAGACGAGUUCACAGUAAAGGAGUUCAAGGAACAUAUCGCUAGCGAAGUGAAUGUUCCGUGGGAUAAACAGAGAAUCAUCUUCGGAGGCAAAGUUCUUCAAGAUGAUCGGAAACUCGCGGACUGUCACGUCGACAAGAAGACGGUGCACUUGGUGCAGAAGUUGCCCACUCUCAACCCCAUUCCUGAGUCCGGAGCGUCGAGUUCUUCGUCCAGUCAGCGACCAUCGCAACAGCACCCGGGCUCUAUCCAUAUUCCAUUAAAUCGGAGUCCGGGGACGCUGAUCGUCGAAGCCAUAAUCCCUCCAGAACAAAUACAACCUGGCGACCAAAUCGAGCAGAUCAUCCGACAGGUCAUCUCCACCAUGGGCAACAUUAAUCCGAUGGGAGUGGAGACCGGAGUCAGCCCCGAAGCCGGAGCCUACAUCAAUCAACGUGAACUCAUAAGAAGACUUCGGACAAUUCGUUUUCUGUUCCGUGUUGCCUUCAGCGGUGUUAACGCUCUCGAGGGCCGACCGACAGAGACGUUUUUAGCGCGGAACCACGCUGAGGGCUCACGAGCAGCGAAUGCUGAGGGGGGAACAGCAGCCGAUGCUUCACCCGAUGCGGGUCUGAGCCCGCCGAACGCGACGCCAAGGCAGCCGAACAGACCGUUCUCGUAUUUGACCGAUCAAGAGAUAAGCCCUACGCGGGAGAACCUUUCUCGCGUAUACCAGGAGCUCGACUGUUUGCAAGAACGCCUCAGACCCUUCACGGUGCGCUAUCGCGAACUGCUGGCGCGACCGAACGUGACCGCCGAUGAUCUCAACGAGCAACCCACCCGUCAACUGACGAGCAGAAUGGCGUUGACGUUGCACGCGAUGUCUCAUAUACAGCACCACCUGAGCGACCUAGAGAUCGAUCCUCGACAUCCCGAUCAGAUCACGUCGCGACAAGAAGUCAUUCCGAUGGCUAUACACGGCCGCGUCAAUCUCGAUUCUGUGGCUUUCUUGACUAACGUGCAGGAGAGAGGUCCUGCAUCUUCCCAGCAACAGCAAGCCGGGGGCCGAAUGACCGUUGGCCAAGCCGCAAGUCAGGCAGCGGGUCAGGCUGCGGGUCGGCAACCCUCGAUCCACGUCGAGGUCACUCGACGGGUCCCCGAACCUGCGCCAUCGGCUCAGGGCUCGAGUCAAGCGGCUUCCCGCGAUCAAACUUCCACCGGUACCCAAACUUCGAGAGCCGAAGCACGGGCUCCGGGCGACACAGCGAACCAGCCGUCAGCACCGCUCUCGCAACUGAGUCAACUCCAGCAACAAGCGCAGCAACACGUACAGAACAUUUUCAGUCAUUUCGACAUCGUCGGGAGAUUCACCGACACGGCCUUCCGAACGAGAGAACGUCGGGGCUCAGUUCCGAAUAGCGAAGCGCCGUCGAGAGAAGAUACCACGGCCAGCAACACGACAACGAACACGACCGACACGCCGACCACGACCGGCUCGUCCAUGAAUAGCGGACCUCGACCGACGACGGCAACGAUUAACGUAACGUCACAGAUACUGUCUCAAGGUAUAGGGCAGUUCGAUCCGUUCCUGGCUUGCGAUUCGGUCUGGACCCACUUCGAUCGUUCGGCAGCAUCGAGGCGAGGCGCCUCGCAAAGAUCGUCGAGCGCUCCAGCCCCGACGCGGAGAACUGCUGCGCCCUCCGCCGCCGCCGCCUUGUCCAGACCCGCUGGCGCUUCCGUCAACGCGAGAGCAGCGGGUCCGCGGAACCUGUCCGGUGCUGCUUCGACGGACAGCAUCGACUUCACAUUCAUGACAUCCAGUAAUUUCGAAGAAGUUCUACGCAUGAUCUUCCCGAACGUCCAGCCGGCGGGAUUGAUUCGUUCGAUGCCAUUCGGCGAUCUGAUCGAGUGGAACUUCGAGCAGGGCGCGGAAAGCGACUUCUUCACCGGUUUGCUGCGAGUUCUGUUGACAGAACUCCAGUCUGUUGACUUCCUACAAGUUAUACUCCAACAGAGAUUAUCUCUCUUGAACUCUUUGCGAGAGCCACUCCAGAACUACCUGCGACAGCGUCUCCUUAACGGCAUGCCACAGACACCGGAACUGGUCGAAGUUCGGGUCAACGAGAUCACCAACAGUUGGUCCUCCCAAUUGCCUCUCGGGAUACCCGAAGCGAACAUUCUGCCGGGCAUCGAUAUCAGAGCGACUUUAGUGUCUUUCCUGAGAACACGACUCGUCACGCUAUUCGCCUUCAUCCUGAACUCGAGCUCGGACCAAGAAGAGUUCGGCAUUAAUUUGUUCAUGCAAUGUCGUGACGCGAUCGGUCAUGCCUGCGUCCUGUUGGCUUUGUGUUGCGACGACGCCGUCGAGUCGGUCGAUAGGAUUCUCGACGCCCGCAUGAGAAAUUUGGACGGAGUCUAUCACGGUCCUUUUCCCGCUGAAAUCAUGCGACGUCUCCGAGGGAACGCGACACCCGCAUCGCAGGCCGACGAAGACGCUCUGAGGAGAUUCAUUGUGAGGACUCAGCCAGCCGACGCAAGCGCUCCCGUGAUGAUGGAUGUCGAUCAGCCAAACGGAUCGGCUGAAUCGAGUAUAGAUUCCUCUAAUAAUCUCAUCAGCACCGAAUCAAGAGGGCCGAACCGGACGACCGCUCCGGUCAGUCACGAAGUCGCUCUGGGAGCUCUGCAAGACGCCGCUUCCGCGGGAGAUCCCUCCGAGUCGAGAGUAUGGAGGGGAGUGGUGCCCUCGAGUUGGGCUCCCAUCAUCGCGCGGGACGUGCAGUCACAAUCCAUCCAGCAACGACCUCUAAGCGACGCCUACAUUGAGGGCAUGCCAAGCAAAAGACGUCGCCUCAUGAAAUCGACGAACCCGUCGAAGCUCUCGAACGUCCACGCCUCCUUGCAAGAGGCGAUACAGCGCGCAGGCGUGCGACCUCGUACAAGCUUAGAAGCUCUCGGAGCGGAUCUGGAACGCAAUAAGAUGAAAUUGCAAGACUCCCUGCAGAAAACUAUCCGGGAUCGGUUGGCCAGACGACUCACCGAGGACAAGGAUUUCGAGAGCGACAAAUUCCCUUACGCUAAGCGAAUGGCUGAAUGAGACAAUUGAGUUCCAUAAAUUCCGUGCUCUGCCGCGUGAAUCAUGAGAGAGAGAAACAUUUUAUGAAUCCGUAGGUA